AUGCCAUUCGCCAAAGUCUUUCAACAAAAGUGCUAUGCACCAGCUAAGCUUGCUGUCGAUCAAUGUGGGGUAGACGUGAGGCAACUACCAAAUGAAGUCAUCUCCCGAGUUCUCUCCUUCUUGCCCGUUCCUGAUUUACUUUCGGUUUGCCUUGUGAACCCAAGGUUCUAUCUUCUUGCCAUCCCAAUCUUGGUUAGUCGUCUCAGGGACACUCGUGAAUGUCACCUCCGUCUAUUCUUUGACCAGGAAUCACGGUGGCGAUACACUGUAGACAUGGUCCUCAUCAAAGCUACAACUUCAAAGUUUACAUUUGUCCCGAUUGAUGCUUCUGCAAGUCUUCGUCUGUUCUCUUCAAAAAUACUUCGGAACCCUGUCCUCUCAAAGGUCGCGUGGGCCGGAAAAUCAUUUCAAUCGAUGUCUCAACCCAUCAGCCAAAACUUUUUAUCUCGUUCCAUUUCUCUCAACAUAAAGCAAGCCGGGCACUGCUUCAAAACAACAGAUCCAAAGAACAAAAAAUACUCAUUCACAUUCACACACAGUGUAUUUAAUACACCUGAAAAUACCGUCAAGGCACGUCCUGGAGAACGCUGGGUAGUGCCACAGUUGUUUGAGUGCGACCCACUCUUUGUUUGCCAGCGCAAGGGGGGCUGGACUCGUCUGUUCGAGACACUUCACUCACGGCCAACCCCUCGUGGCCUUGAUGGCCAAACCUUUACUUCAUCAGCCAAAUUGCCACCAAAGGGACAGACAGGCGGACUUGAAGAGUACGGUACACUACCCAAUAUAGAUGGUGCCAUGGCAAAAUCAAACCUUGUAUCUACCACCUUGAACCUAGUUGCUUAUUAG